AGCACGCAUUUAGCUCUGCAGUCUGACUCACUGCAGUUUCCUGGUAAGCCUGCUGCGGUUUGGAUGUCUGUCAGUAGCUGUUUUCACUGGUGUUUUCCGACUAAAGCAGUGUUGUGCAUACAGGUGGAGACAACUGAAGGAUGUCAGACAACGAAGAGACGAUGGAAAUGGGGAUAAACGGAGCCUCUAAAGGUUCCCGUUCAAGACAACAGAUGCACGGUGCAACAGUCAGUUUCCACAAUAUUCACUACAAGGUGAAACAGGGAGGUGGAUGUUUUUGCCGAAAGAAGGCCACGACCAAAGACAUCCUCAUCGACCUCAAUGGGCUCAUGAAGCCGGGUCUCAACGCCAUCAUGGGAGCCACGGGAAGCGGGAAGUCAUCGUUUCUGGAUGUUCUGGCAGCCAGAAAGGACCCUGCAGGUCUGACAGGAGAGGUCCUGAUUGACGGAGCCCCUCAGCCCCCGAACUUUAAGUGUCUCUCUGGCUAUGUGGUUCAGGACGAUGUGGUGAUGGGGACUCUGACAGUCAGGGAAAACUUCACCUUCUCUGCAGCCCUGCGGCUCCCAUCAAGCAUCAGCCAGAAGGAGAAGAAGCAGAAAGUUGACAGACUGAUCAAGGAGCUGGGACUGGGCCGGGUGGCCGACUCCAAGGUGGGCACUCAGCUGAUUCGUGGGAUUUCUGGUGGCGAGAGGAAGAGGACAAACAUUGGGAUGGAGCUGAUUAUCGACCCGCCUGUCCUCUUCCUGGAUGAACCCACCACGGGCCUCGACGCCAGCACGGCCAACUCUGUGCUGCUGCUGCUCAAGAGGAUGACAAACAAUGGUCGCACCAUCAUCCUCUCCAUCCACCAGCCUCGAUACACCAUCUACCGCCUCUUCGACAGCCUCACCCUGCUAGUCAACGGUCAUCAGGUUUAUCAUGGCCCAGCACGGAGUGCACUGGAGUACUUCUCAGACAUUGGAUACACCUGUGAGCCCCACAACAACCCUGCUGACUUCUUCCUGGAUGUCAUCAACGGAGACUCGACCGCCGUCGCCCUCAACAGUGGGAAAACAGAAGAUCUAGAGCCGGAUUCAGAAUCAAUGUCGAAUUCCCGAAGAGGGAUUGGGGAGAAACUGGUGGAGGAGUACAGAAACUGUCAACACUACAAAGAGACCAAAGCAGAGCUGGAGAGGAUCGUCCAGGGAAAGAAGGUGGUCACUACUACUCCCUUCAGAACCAUCACCUACACCACCGGCUUCUUCACGCAGUUCAGAUGGGUUCUCAAGAGGACAUUUCGCAACCUCGUACUCAACCCGCAGACCUCCAUCGCUCAGGUAGCAGUGACAAUCUUCCUCGCUCUGGUUGUCGGAGCCCUUUUCUUCAAUGUCCAGAAUGAUUCGAGUGGAAUUCAGAACAGGACUGGUGCGCUGUUCUUCGUCGUCGUGAAUCAGUGUUUCAGCUCCCUGUCGGCUGCUGAACUCUUCAUCACAGAGAGGAAAAUCUUCACUCAUGAGUAUAUCAGCGGUUACUACAGGGUAUCGGUCUACUUCCUGUGUAAGAUCUUGUCUGACAUCAUCACGCUGAGGACCAUCCCUGCUAUCGUCUUCACCUGUGUGGCAUACUUCAUGGUUGGUCUGAAGCCGACAGCUGGGGCUUUCUUCUUCUUCAUGCUCACCGUCGCUCUGUGUGCCUACACCGCCACCUCCAUGGCUUUCGCCAUCUCAGCUGACCAGACAGUGGUGGCCAUCGCUAACAUUUUUAUGACAAUCACCUGCGUCUUCAUGAUGAUCUUUGCAGGACUGCUAGUGAACAUCCCCUCCAUCGUCAGCUGGCUCGCAUGGUUAAAGUACUUAAGUAUACCCAGAUAUGGCCUCAGUGCUCUGCAGGCUAAUGAGUUCACCGGGCUGACAUUCUGUGAGAAAAUGAAUACCACUCUUGACCAACAAUACUGUUACUCUGGGGAGAAGGUUCUGGAGGACCAGGGCGUCGAUUACUCCCUCUGGGGCAUGUGGCAGAACCACUUGGCCUUGUUCAUCAUGACCAUCUGCUUCCUCAUCAUAACUUACCUGAAACUGCGCUUCAUCAAGAAGUUCACCUAAACACUCCUGACUCCAGACUGUUGGUCGUGGAUGUUUUUGUGUUAUCUGUUCUUCUCAAGUUCAGGUUCAGUUUUCAUGUCAUUUAUUCAGGUUAUUCAGUUUAUAAAUACAGAUCUAUAAUAUUGAUUUUUUUUCCUUUCUUUUUUUCUUUUUUGUAAAUUUUUUAUAAAGAUUGUUAUAAAAACUGAUUGUUUGAUCACUCCUUACUAACAAUGUUAUUGCCUCAUCAGCUGUAUCAUAAUUUUUGCACUUUAAAGUUCAGCAUCACAAA